UAGAAAUGGAAAACAAAGAAAAGAAGCCACAGCAGGUCAAGAGAGGUUUGUGGAAGCCGGAGGAGGACUUGAUUUUGAAGAAUUAUGUCGAGACUCAUGGCGAAGGGAACUGGGCAGAUGUCUCUGAGAAAUCAGGUUUGAUGAGAGGAGGGAAGAGCUGCAGAUUAAGAUGGAAGAAUUAUCUGAGGCCCAACUUGAAACGUGGAGGCAUGUCUGAGGAAGAAGAAGAUCUCAUCAUCCGAAUGCAUAAGCUUCUUGGCAACCGGUGGUCACUGAUUGCGGGUCGGCUUCCGGGUCGAACUGAUAACGAAGUGAAAAACUACUGGAAUACGCAUUUGAACAAGAAAUGCCAAUUGGGCAAAAGAAAAACCACCAACCAUGACAACUGCAAGACGAACAAGAUGAAGCACAAGAAACAAACCAACCACCUUAUCAAUUCAAAUUAUCAACAAAACACUUCUGCUGCUACUACUGCUCAAGUACUUCCGGAGGAGAAUGACAACAACAACAACAACAACAACGACGAUGAUAAUAAUAACACUAAUAUGGAAGUAGCAAAUUAUGAAGGUGAGAGCAUUGUCACAAGCACAUGGAUGGAAGACAUCAGAAGCUUCAACUACGACGUCAUAGAAUCCUCAGUUCUGGAUCUUCCCAACAAUGCCAGCUUAGUUUUCGACGAUGAUCAGCCCAUUGAAUCCCCACUUGUGCUCCCCUCGUAUUACAUUGAUGAUGAUCAUGAUGACGACGACGACGACGACGAUCAUGAACCCUCCUUUUCCUUCUUUGAUUCUUUUCUUUUGUUUUAACCGUGAUCGAGGAGAAAUAUGCCGUCAGUUGUGCCUGCCAUGGCCGUGGAUCGAACUCUCAGAAACAGUAGCAUCUUAUA